UGCAUACAGCGGGGCAGCAGCGUGAGAGGAGGGGCGCAAAUUGGACAAGUUUUUAGGGGGAGAAGAGACUUUAGAAAUCAGCCACACACACGUAUUGGCGACAGCUUCAGAUGACACAGUGCAGGCGCCCGGAUUUCCAAAGACUUGUGCCUCACGUUUUGGUAUUUUCCUCCAUGAAAGACCACGUUUUCAACAUUUAGCUCUAAUAAUUCACAUUUUAUAGGCGGUUUCUCUCUUUAUUUAUAAUCCACGGACUUUGGGGGAUUGCGCAACAUCUGAACUUUGGAUGCUUGGAUGUUUUACGGAGAAGAGCGCAAAAACGUGCCGACUGCCAUUCAACCGACUGAUGCCCCCCUCUCCGGCUGAGUCGCCGUGAAUCAUGUCACGCCGGAAACAGAAGCGGCCCCAGCAUCUCGUUAACUCGGAUCCGGGGGGCCCAAGGCUGCUAUCUCACGAUGACCAGCUGGCAGUGAAGUCCCCCUCCACAUCUCUGGGCUCAGAAGUGACUUCAUCGGGGUCCUCCUCUUCGUCCCCCACCUCUCUCCAAGAGUGCCAGCCACCUCUGGCCCCUCGCCCAUCCCCUGGUGGGCUCCACGCGCCCUCCUUGCCCAGCGAGAGCUCGCCUCCCCCCCACUGGCCCAGCCACAUCGUCCCCUUCACCACCUCUCUCCCCAACACCCACUCAUCCCUCUCCCCAGACUUCCCUCACCCCUCGCUGUCUUCCCAGGCCCACUCGCCUCCCCCCUUGGGUCAAACCUCAGAUUCCCACAACCUGUUGCAUCAAGGAAACUCUCACUCCACCAUGACCUCCCCACCAAUAGGCAAUUCAGCCACCACCACCACUUCCUCCUCCUCCUCCUUGUCUUCUCAGUGCGUGCCUCCUCACAGGGACAGCUCCAGUCCCGGCCAGCAGCAGGCCUCGGCCUCCCCAGGACAGCAAAUGCCAGCGUCUCCCACACUGGCUGUGCUCCUGGAGGAGCUGAGGGUCUUACAGCAGAGGCAAAUCCACCAGAUGCAGAUAACAGAGGAAAUCUGUCGGCAUGUCCUGCGGCUCGGCGGGGCAGUGCUUGGCCAAGACAGCGAGACACAGGCCAGCGGUUCAGACAGCAACCAGAAGUCCACGGGAACAGCAUCUUCAUCUCCAACGCACCCUUCCACCGCCACUCCAGUAACCACGGCCCCUUCGUUUUUGAGCAGCCUCUCAUCGUCCCUCUUCCCCCAGCCUGCCGUAUCCAAAUCAGCCUCAUCACACCUUAACGGCAGCAGAGCUCCCUCUUCUUCUACCUCGACAUCAUUAUCUUCCUCAUCCUCACCAUCGAUAUCAUCCACUGUCAGCUCCUCUGUUGCCUCACUGCACCCGCUGUCCUUGUCACUGGGGCUACCACCGCGCUACCUCCAUGAGAAGUCCUCCAACGCCUCCUCGUUUGGAAACGGCAACGGGGUCGGCUUCCCCACCCCUUCCCUCCCCACCACCAGCCAUUCUCAGGACAUCCAGUCCAGCUCCUCCCUCACCUCCGCCUCCUUAUCAGGGCGCCCUCAGCACGUCUGCCGCUUCUGUGGGAAAGUUCUGAGCAGCGACUCCUCGCUCCAGAUCCACCUGCGGUCGCACACGGGUGAGAGGCCGUACCAGUGCCCGGUCUGCCUGAGCCGAUUCACAACCAGAGGGAAUUUGAAAGCCCAUUUCCUGAGACACCGAGAGCAGAACCCCGAGCUGUCGCUGUCCCUGCUGCCCCCCGCGCUGUCCGAGCAAACGCAGAGCGGCUCUGCCCCCGGAGCCGCCCAGAGGAGGAGGAAGCGGAGGGCCGAUGAUGACGAGACGUUUAGCGGCGUGAAGGGAAGCAUCGCUGGGAUGUCAGACAACAUGGCUCUGGGAUUCCUGUCCGGCGCGUCCUCGCGGCCCUCGCCCUCCUCGCUACCUCUGCCGCCGUCAGUGGACAUGGCGCUGCUGUCCACCGCCCACUCGCUGCUACAGCUGAACAGAGCCUCCGCCGCAGCUGCGGCCAGCGGACCCGGCGCGGUGCUGCCGCCCUCCUCCUCGUCUCCUUCCUCCUCCUCCUCCGCCAUGGGAAGCCACUUCAAAGGAACCAAGCAGCAGCGCUUUGAUGAGAACACACCUCCCCAAGCCGCCCUCCAUUCAACCUCCCCAUACUCCCAACUGGCCCACCUCCCCAAGAUUCUUUUUCCCGGAGGCACCUCCCCUCAUCACCUUGCACUUCUGAGGCCUGCGGGCCACCCCUCCACCCCCCACCUCACCUCUCCUCACCAGCUAGCGUUUCCCUUUCCACCCUUCCCCAAGCCCUCAACCUCCUCCCCAUCCUCAUCCUCUCCCAACACCUCUACCCAGACGUCAGACACCACCAAGUUGCAGCGGCUGGUGCAGAAGCUCGAAAAGCAGCCGCAGGGAGGCGCCGCGUCGUCCUCCUCGUCUUCCUCCUCCAACCCCUCACAAGCGACUGCUGACGCGAACGGGGACGCACAGGGCCAGGAUCUGUCCACCACCUCUAGUGCCUAUCGCAGGGAAAUGUUGGCCGCUCUUGGCCUGAGCCCAAGUGCCAAUGCUGCAGGACUAGUGAGCAGCCAGGGAGUCUCAGGUUUAGGCGCCGCCACCACGGGCAGCAGCCCUUCGCUGCCUGCUGCCCAAGCUGCUAACCAGUGCGGCGUGUGCCUGCGCGUGCUCAGCUGCCCCAGAGCCCUGCGCCUGCACCAGGCCACCCAUCUGGGCGAGCGCCCCUUCCCCUGCAAGCUGUGUGGCCGCUCCUUUUCCACCAAAGGCAGCCUCAGGGCCCACCUGGCCACCCACCGCGCACGCCCCGCCAACUCCCGCGCCCUGAACUCCUGCCCGCUGUGCCCGCGCAAGUUCACCAACGCCCUGGUUCUUCAGCACCACAUCCGCCUGCACCUCGGAGGCCAGAUACCGCCGGAUGAAGACAUUCCAACUGAAGAUGGGGUAGAAAUGGAAAACGCCCUGUUUGACGAGGCAGAGAGUGACUCCACCCGCUCCCCGUCUAAGAGCCAGCAGUCCCUUCCCUUGGCUUUGACAACAGGCCCCAAGUCUCAACUUGAGGCAAUUAACUUGGGGUCGGUGUCUAAGGAGGUCACAGGUGCCGAUGCCGCUUCUGUGAAGGCUGAUGAAUCUGAGAGUUCAACACCCAGCGUGAGCCCACCCUUAACCUGCAACCCCCCCUCAGCGGGAGCUGAGAACGCCCUGGCUGACAGCAGCCCAAUGAACGCCUCCCUGUUCUCUGAGGAGGACGCCCGCAAUGUCCAGGACAAAACCAGCCCCUUCAAAGCCCCCUCAGCUGGUUCCUAUUCAGGUGCAGUGAGUGGAGAUGCAGAGUCGGAGGACGCUCCUCUGUCCCUCUGUGUUCCAAAGGCUGGAUCAGAAAGCAAUAAACUGCACAAAGGGGCUAAAAAUGAUGCAACCUGCUCCACAGAUGAGGCCAGUACCAACCUCAGACCCUCUGCGAACCCCUCGUCUACUCCCGCUAGCCCCAAGGCCGGCCCGACGGAGGGGGCCGGUGUCGGCGUGGAGCCCAAGGAGAGGGAUGGUGCUCAGAGCAAAGGGAAGGGCGAGGCCGCGCCCGCCGAGGCCCUGCCCGCGCUGGACCCUGAGCUGGAGAAGGACGUGGCACAGAAGCUUUCAGAGCCGCCGCAGCCCUGCGCCCCGGCGCCGGGGCCCCCGAGCCAGCCGGCCCGCCCAGACAAGCCCUACAGCUGCUCCGAGUGCGGGAAGGCGUACGCCAGCCGAAGCGGCCUUAAGGGACAUAUGAAAACUCACCCUGGGGUUCUGACCAACACCCCCUCCAAGGCCCAGGCCAGCGGGGGGUCGCAGGAAGACAGGCAGGCACUGGCUAAGUCCCCCAGGAAAGCAGAGGGCCCGGAGCCGGCAGCAGCGGAGGUGUCGGGCGAAGCUAUGGACACUACUGUGUAGGAAGUUAGUUCUGUUAAAUAACUGCUGUCAGAUGUUGAAUGGUCCUGACAAGGGAAUGUAUUUUCUUACUAGAAUAAUAGUUUUAGAGGCAUUCAAUCUAAUUCCUGUUUACCUUUUGUAUUAGAUAGAUCUAGUUUUUACUGUAGCACCAUUACAAGAAACAUGUGAAUGUAGUAUUUUAGCUACAUAUUUUUGUACUUCAGACCACAGUGAGGCCUUAUCUUACACUCUUCACAGCAUCGUUGUGACGGGAGUUAGUUGUGUGUGCUUUUUUUGUUGUGUAAUAUCAAAACAACCAAGCUGAUCUGAAUGAUAGGAGGUCCAGAAUGUUAAAAAUGACCAGUAACAUACCAAAACAGGGCCGUUUAGUAGCGGCCGGUGUUUGUACAUGUGAGCUGUAGCUACGUCUCAUUCCUUCUUGUUGUUACUUCGUUCCUUUUUUUAAUGUGAUGCUGCUGAUUCGAUGUUUCCGACGUGCGAGUUGCACCGAGUUGCACUGUGUCCCGCGCUGCCGAACCACCUGCCGAUGAUGAGAAACCGCUUGUGUUUCCGCCAGCUGUUCGCCGACUGUGAACGUUGUCCCUGUUGUUGAUCUGCAGAGUCGAACCAACAACAAAGAUGAGCCCCGUCCGUUAUAAGACCACCCCCCACCCCACCCCCCACCCCUCGCUCCGCUCUCUCAAAGCACUUGAGAGUGUUCUGCUCCUGCAGGAUUUGUCUGCACUCAUUGCAUUCCAGCUUGGCCCCGUGUUGUACAUGUUUGCGGCCCUCCACUCUUUGUAAACCCUUUAUCGUAUGACAGGACCUGUUUCCAAGCCUCCCAUGUGUGAACCAUGAAUAAAAGCAUGCUGAUGUGACACGCA